ACCACCCCUGCCCGCCCAAACUCCACCCAGGGAAGGCGGCGCGGAUAAAGGUUCAGGGCCGCCGGUGCGGCCCCAUACCUACCCCACCACGGCGCACUGGUUCUCGACCCAGGUACAUUAAAGGACUGUGGUGACCUCCGACUGGCCCGAUCUUCGGAGCGGCGGCGGCGACUGUUGCUAAGGGAGGUGACGCGCCGAGAAACGCGGCCCGACCGGCAGACGGCAGUAAGCGCGGUCAGCCAGCGGCGCCCACUCCUCCGGGACCCUCCCCCCGCGCCCGCCUAGUCUCGGUCGACUCCCGCCGCCCUUGAAAGAAGCCGCAAGUACAGUCCCCACCCCCGGAAGGCGCCCCAACGAGCCGACUCGACCCCGGAGCGCCACUGAGAUUCUUGAUUCGCCAUUUGUUCCUGGGACCUUCUCGAAGGGGACACGCGCUGCCCCUCAUACCCGGUGACCCCGAGAACCCUGGUUCGGGGAGCCCCGGCCCUGUCCGGAGGCGCGGCGAGGAUUGGCGUUGCCCCGCGGACCCCAGUUCCCCAGCGCGGGCCGGGGAUGGAGCCGCAGCCUGGCGGCGCCCGGAGCUGCCGGCGCGGGGCCCCUGGCGGCGCCUGCGAGCUGGGCUCCGCGGCGGAUGCAGCGUCCAUGAGCCUGGCCAUCCACAGCACAACGGGCACUCGCUACGAGUUGUCGGUGUCCCCCGACGAGACGGUGGAGGGGCUGCGCAAGCGGCUGUCCCAGCGCCUCAAAGUGCCCAAGGAGCGCCUGGCGCUGCUCCACAAAGACACCCGGCUCAGUUCGGGGAAGCUGCAGGAGUUCGGCGUGGGGGAUGGCAGCAAGCUGACUCUCGUGCCCACCGUGGAGGCGGGCCUCAUGUCUCAGGCCUCAAGGCCAGAACAGUCUGUGAUGCAGGCUCUGGAGAGCUUAACAGAGACCCAGCCCCCAGCGGCGCCCGGGCCGGGCCGGGCUGGCGGAGGCGGCUUCCGGAAAUACCGAUUCAUUUUAUUUAAGCAUCCGUGGCACCGACAGGGACCCCAGAGCCCAGAGAGGGGCGGCGAGAGGCCCCAGGUCAGUGACUUCUUGUCAGGCCGCUCACCGCUGACCUUGGCUCUUCGAGUGGGUGACCACAUGAUGUUCGUCCAGCUUCAACUUGCGGCCCAGCACGCCCCACUACAACACCGCCAUGUGCUGGCAGCUGCAACCGCUGCCACCCGUGGGGACCCCAGCAUGACCACUCCUGUGUCCUCUCCCUGCCGGCCAGUGUCCAGUACUGUCCGUGUCCCCCCAGUGCCCACCAGCCCUGCACCUGCAUCCCCCUCACCUGUAACAGCCGGCUCCUUCCAUUCCCACUCAGCCCCCACCACCUGCCCCGAGCAGAUGGACUGUUCCCCUGCUGCCAGUGCCCGGGCCAGCCCCACAUCCACCCCUGGGGGCAGCCCCACCUCCCGUUCCCGAAAACCUGGUGCCAUUAUCGAGAGCUUCGUGAACCAUGCCCCAGGGGUCUUCUCAGGGACCUUCUCUGGCACGCUGCACCCCAAUUGCCAGGACAGCAGUGGGCGGCCGCGGCGGGACAUCGGCACCAUCCUGCAGAUCCUCAACGACCUCCUGAGUGCCACGCGGCACUACCAGGGCAUGCCCCCGUCACUGACCCAACUGCGUUGCCACGCCCAGUGUGCACCUGCCUCUCCUGCCUCAGACCUCACCCCAAAAACUACCUCCUGUGAGAAGCUGGUGGCCUCGGCCCCGGCCGCCCUGAGCCAGGCCCGCCUGGGCAAGCCCACGGGGGACCGGCUGCGGCAGACGGAGAACCGAGCCACCCGCUGCAAGGUGGAGCGCCUGCAGCUGCUGCUCCAGCAGAAACGGCUCCGCAGAAAGGCUCGGAGGGAUGCCCGAGGCCCCUACCACUGGCCACCCAGCCGCAAGGCCGGCCGCAGCGACAGCAGCCCUGGAGGCAGUGGUGGCAGCCCCAGUGAGGCUGCGGGCUUGGGCCUUGACUUCGAGGAAUCUGUCUGGAAGCCAGAAGUUAACCCCGACAUCAAGUCAGAGUUCGUGGUGGCCUAGAAACCUUGUCCCUCACCCCUGCCCAGGGUGGCUGAGAGCAUCGCCCAGCUCAGGAGGGCAGGCAGUGGGCACUGCAGGAGGCCCCUCCCUCUUCAGCCAGCGUCCUGGUUUUUUAAAAUUUUCAUUUCUUACCAUGGUUUUCCAAACCCUCCGUGGCCUUGGGUUCCUGCCUCCUCGGUUCAGCCUCACAUCUCCCCACCUCUUCCUCUGUACCCCCACCCUCCCUCAGCCACGCAGGGUCCUUCCCUGCCCACCUUCCCAAGCUCCAAAUAUGUAGCAGUCUGUCCAGAUGGUUCAGAGCAGAAAUGAGGAAGAAGCCCCCCCUUCCGCCAGCUCUGAUGCUCCACCCCCCCACCCCCCUUCAGGUUUAAGUCUAAAAUGUAGAUGCCUCAUUUGCACUUUACAGACAGGAGGGGGCCACAGAGAAGAAAACCCCCACUGCCAAUUCUGGUCUCCGCCUACCCAGCAGGGCCCCGCGGGGCUCCAAACACCUCACAGGACCCACAGCUGCACCAACCAGGGGCUGUCUCUUCCACGUCUGUACUACUUUCUCUUCUUAGUUUCUUUUUCCUGGAAAAGAAAAGCUGUUUCAGGGGAGGCUGGCCAGAACCUGCCUUGGAGUGCGGGUCUGGGUGUAGUCAGUACCCUUUCCUGGCAGAGAAGGGACGGAGGGGAACAGAUUUGCUGCCUGCCUUUGCUGGCCACGCACUGUGUGACGCUCUUCUGAUGCUACUCUCCAACCCCACAUCUUUUUUUUUUUUUCCUGAGCUCUGGGUAUUUAUAGACUGUUAAUUUUCUGACUGAGCCAAUAGUAGUUGGGAAUCUCUUGAAAAAUCAGGAGAGAAAUUGCUGUGGGGUCGGGGAGAUGCCCCCAGCCCUACUUCUCAGCCCAACCUGAGUGAUCUGGGCCUGUGGACUGUCGGGGUGACUCUCCUGCAACCUGGAGGGGAGGGGGUGCUGAGCUGUGAAUCUCAUGGUUAGGGGCUACACUGUAGCAUUAACCCCUUGGGAGGGUUGCUGCUGGUCUAAUUUGGAACCUCCCCACUCAUGCCCAUGCCCCAGGGGUCUUCCGCCCCAGAGCAGAGGGACAGGAACCUCCCCUUAAUUGGGGCCAUUUCAAUGUGGGUGGAGUUUAUUUUUCAUUCACUUUUUUUUACUGAUAAAUGGAGAUGUCUGGGCCUUCCCCCCACACACACCUGUCUGUCCUGCAGGAUACCCCACCCCCUGCCUGUCUCCUUCCUUUUGUCCUACUUGUAGAUGAACUCCCCCAGGUCCUCACUCCUUCCCCAUAUGUGUUUCAAGUUAAUGGUUUCAGAUGUGAACAUCAUGUGUUAACUGUAGCUCUGUAAAUUUUUUUUGUGGGGGGGGGUGGGCGGGGAGGAGGGGUCAGAAAGUUAGGGGUCAGAGAUUUGUUUUGUUUUUUCUAAAAGGAGAGAAGAGGGGCAGAUUUGUUUUUGAAAAACUGUCUUGGAUACCUAUUUAAAUGUGUGUUCUCUUUUAUUUUGAACAAUUUUUAAGUAAUGUCUAUACGCCCAGGCAGGAACCACCCUUGCCCGGCCCCCCUCCCUCACCAUGCCCAGCCCCUGAAGAAAGCAUUACCAGUCCUGGGGGUUGGGGUCGGGCUGUGGGGUGUGCCUGCACUUUUCGUGAGUUUUCUGUAUGAAAAAAGGCCUACACAAACACCAACACCAUGAUUUCAAGUAAUAAAAAGACGCAAGUGAAAGUCCCUCCUGCUCCCCUGGGGCGAGGGAGGGCUGUUCCAGAGCUUGAUAACUAGUGGUCUUACAUGCCUGGGAGGGGUGCCUUUAUGAGGUGGCAUGCUGGGUCUCCCACCAUCUUGGGUGUGAGUGGAUCUCAUAACAUCCCAGGCCCCCUCCCUGAUUGAGGGUGAGGGUGAGCAGGAAGCUACCCCUGCAGAGGAGUGGCAGGUAGGCCGCCACCAGUGCCCAAGGCCCGAAGUCCAGGGUAUGGGUAGGGGAUGUGUGGGGCCUUACCCUCUCAAUUCCCUGCUCUGGUUGGCCCAGACUUGAGCCCCCUCCCAGGAUACCACCAGACUCCCCACCCCCUCUCUAGUAAGGAAUCCAUCAUUCCCAGGGCCUGGGGCUGUUGUGCAAGGCCACCAGACCCAGUGUGAACUCUCCCUGGCCUUGCAUUCCAGCACUCCCCAACCCUGACCUUCAUGCAUCCAGCCUCCAGGAACAACCCUCUCUUGGCCUGGGAAGUUUCUCAGUUUGUGUCUCCCACUUCUCUGGGAUCUCACCUUCAUCUACUUGGGGUUGGACAGACACAGGACAAUCAUUUACUUUACAUGGAUUUCCUCAUUUCACAAGUACUGCUACCUAAGAUAAUUAACACCUCCCAUUUCAUAGAGGAGAAAACACUGGUCCAGGAGGUGACUCCCACCCCUGGCCAAUUUUUUAAAUUGGAGAUUGAUUUGUUGUUCCAGUUAUUUAUGCAUUCAUUGGUUGAUUCUUUUAAUUUCUAUUUAUUGAUUUUAGAGAGAGGAAGGGAGAAAGAAACAUCAAUUUGCUCAAAUUAUUUUAUGCAUUCACUGAUUCUUGUUUGUGCCCUAACCAGGAAUCUAACCCGAAAUCUUGGUAUAUGAAAAGAUGUUCUCACAGGUAUCUGGCCAGGCCUCCCGGGCUGGUUUCUGAUGGCCCAAGCUCCUGCCCUCCCAAGGCCCAGCUCCCUGGGACCCCAGAAGGAAGGGAAGGGUUCCCUCCCAGAAAUACCGUGGAGGCAUCUUGUGGAGGCACUGGGGCCCCUCCCACCGUCCGUUCACCCCCAAAUCAUCUUUGCCCGCUCACAGCAAAAAGGAAUCAGGGUGUCCAGGUCAGGCUGAUCACUUCAGACCUGUGUCAACGGAGCAAACGCCCCCGCCGGUGGUGGAAGCGUGGGUGGGGCAGUUCAGGUGGAACCCCCACCUACGCAAUCCGGCUGGAGGGAGGGGGAGGGUAAGGGCCUAGCGCUGUGACCACCGCAGAGCUGGGUGGGGGAUGCAGAGGGAGGGUGUCCACUCAGGAACACGCUGAAUCACGGGGCUGUGUAUGCACAAUGCAGGGCGGGGAACACUUGCCCUGAUGCCCCGGAACUUACUCCCUCUGGGCGCAGCCCCGGAAUCAAGAGUCACGGCCCUGCCCAGGGGUCCUAAGAAGACUCCACCCCGCCUGGGGCUGAGGGCCGCAGUGCAGACACCUACAGGAAGUGCGGGUGGGGGUGCCCAUCCGAGGUGUUGCAGCGGCGGGAGGUCAGACCAUGCAGGAGUAGGAGGCACGGAAAGGUAAACUGAGGCCCAGGGAGAGCAGGGACUACUGGGGCCGCAAGUGUUGGGGUUGGCCCUGAACCGCCGCCUCCCCCAUUAACGAAAAAGAUGAAUGGGAAGAGGCGGCCCCGGAAACCACAGGGAUGGAAACGUGGUUUCCAGGGCAACGCGCCUUGGCAGGGCUCUUACGUCACCGUACAGCGGGCGCCCCGCCCGCCCCCUACCGCGCGUCGGCGGCCCAGGCCCCGCCUGCCACCGGUGACGCCUCCUCGGUGGGUGCGCGCCGGGCCUCGCACACACCAACAGGGGGCGGGGCUGCCUCCCGAGGCAGGACCGAGCCCCGGCCGGGCCGAGUGCGCCCGUGUGGCGCGGAGGCGUUAGGCCCCUCUGGCCGCAGUUUUGACGCCGGCGGAUAUCUUCUGACGGAAGAGGAGGCGGGUCCGGGGGCGCCGCCCGUGCCCCGCCCCCCACCCCCUCCUGCCUCGGCGCGCUCGAGUGCGCCCCUUCUUCUACGCCCAGGUGUUGACUGCGGGCCCCUCCCCAACGUCCCCGUGUGCGUGACCCCAGGCUGGAGGAGUACUGCAGUCCCCAAGCUGGGAAGCCCAGGAGACCCAAUGGGAAGAGGACACUUGGAAUGAGGCUUUGCCCAUGGAAUAGGAGUUUGACAAAUAGAGGAAGAGGCAACGGGGGCCCCAGGCGCGUGCAAAGACCAGGAGACAUAAAAGCAGGAGUCAGGUGAAGGGAGCAGAAGCCAGAACAUCCAGGACGGACAGUGGCUGGACGCUGGGCCUGGCCUUAGGGGAGAGGCCUGAGAAGGGACAAGUGGGGCUGGAGCCUCCUCUGAAGGGGCCCCCUGUUCAGAGAGAUGA